AUGACGGAUGCCAAGCGAUCCUUAAUAACUAAAAUGGCCGCCAUCAGCACCUCCGUCGUCGCUCGCGACACCUAUGCCGCCCUCUCCAAGCGCCAAAACUGGGCUGCCCAGGAGCCCGGUGUCAUCACCGUCUUCUGCAUCGUCGGCGUUGUCGGCAUCGGCCUCAUCUGCCUCUUCAUCUACAAGAAGUUGGUCGCCCGCAGGGAAAGACGCCAGGCUGUUGUCUAAAUGACACAUCACCCUGACUCUGCUUUUAAAUCACAGAGGCGUUGGAAGACGGGGAAGGAUGGAAGGGUGGGUUGGAAUGAAGUAAUGAUUCUUUUAAAAGAAGAACGGUGGACGGUUCAUCUCAUGGAGGGAAGGGGGGGUAUGGGAUUGGAUCAAUUGGAAGGAUGAGAGAUGGGAUAUUCUCUUGUCCUGAGGAGGAGCGGAUUUGGGAUUAAAGAUCGAUCGAUCGAUUUGCAACGAUACCCUGCAAUGUAUUCUCGGCGCGCGUACCAGCAGCACAGCACAACACACAGCAUCUUACAUUUUUUUUGGCCUCGUAGCCAAAUUUACUUCUUAAUCAAGCAUUCAAGCAUGCUUUCCCCCCGAUUUGUACGGAUGGCUAUUUUGGACUAGGGGAAUGUGGUUGGCCGAGAAGCGAAAAGAAAACAAGUGAAUGGAGCUGGCAGAUUUGGGGGGGGGAAGCAAUUGCGGUUGAUUUUGUCCUGAGCUGCAACAAUCAUCGGAUCGAUCGGACCAUUUACCUCUGGCGCUAUUCUUGCCGUGAGGGGAUGAUGAAAAACAUCCCAUCAUGGCUGAAUAUCUGCCUUGAUGGGGGGUGGUGAUAUUUCUCUGGAAAGGUUGGGCUGUUGGGGAGGUUUACCUGAUGGCCUGGACUUUUAUAUGUUCAUUUUACACUUUUCUUGUUUUCCUAUUAAGGCUUAAUAUUAAAACUUGAUACCUACCUGUUACU